AUGGAUCAGUACACCAUCUCUUCAACCAGUUUCCCUGACGUUCCUGAAGAUGUCCUGCAGUAUAUCUUCAGUCUUUGUGAUUUUCCGGACGUAAUUCGCUUUGGUAUGACGUGCAAAGCACUAGAAAAAAUUAUUCGAGAAUCUCCAAUACUCAAAUAUCAUAUCGAGCUGGGUGCUCAGCGCAUGAUCUCCCUUCCUGACGUGAUCGUGUCUGAUACUACUAUUUCUCAGCGCUUGGAGCUGUUGAAGGAGAAUAGCCAAGUGGGGAUGUUGUGGAUGCUGCCUCCGAUUGAUGCAGAUACCAGACUGAUGGAAGUUACACGUUCUGCCAUUUAUGUCAUGCCCAUUCGGAUUGAGGGAGUUGCUAUAGACGUAACGCAAAAUCUUUCGGCCCUUGUAGCUCGAGCUCCUCCUGGAACAGUGGAUAAGAACGUGCAGCAUCCUCUUGCCCCUGAACCGGUCUUGCUGCCGACACAGCUGCCGACAGGCCAAUGGGAACCGUAUGACGUCAAGGUCAAAAUCUUAGGCCAGAGCCUUGUUUUCCUUGGUCUAGACUUGCAGCGCGAAAACUCCAUUGUAGGAGAAACGUUGCAGAUCUGGAACUGGCAAGAGGCGGACAACGCUGAACCACAAUGUGUCAUUACAAAAGCAGAAGUCGAUGACAAUAUCCUUGACUUCUGCUUUCUAGCUCACGAUGCCUUGUUACUCCUGACUACCUCCGGGGUCCUUGAAGUGUACACCUUCAGUGAAUUUGCGACACCCGUUUGCAAGGCUAGAUAUGCUUUGCCGAAAAUACGACCAGGAUUCAAGUGCUCACGUGGAGACGGCUUCAUAAUCUGCAACUUUCCCUGUGUAGCUACAGCCGCCACCAGACGAAGCGUUGACAGUAGUAAACUAAUAGUGUUACCAUUUUGCCCUAAUCCCCAAGACCGAAUCUGUGCCGUAUCUUUCGGUUAUGUCUUUUACAUCGACAUGCAGUCUCUCUUCACUUCGGGUGGAGUAGCUCCCACCUCUGGAAAUGGUACCGAAACAUCAGUACUUGCCUGGAGCGCUUGGGGUCCGCAGAACUCACGCUGUUUCCCAAACGACGGAGUUUACGACGUACAUGGGAGCAGAGCGGUUGGAAUAUCUCGCAUCGGUGGCAGGACUUAUAGGUUGCGUAUGCGCGAAUUCAAUCCAUAUGCAAUCAGGCGCACUAGUGCCGUAGGAGACAACUACCAAUGGCUCGUAACUGAACCUUCUCGCAUACCUCCCGGCUGGGCAUUUGCAGAGGAAGUGGUGACCUACUUGCCGUAUCGCGAAGCUUUCUCGUACGAGUGGUUCGAUGAGUUUGAUUCUACGUUUCAAGUCAGUGUUGAUGACUCCCGGCUUGUACUGGUUCAGAAGCUUGAUGUCGCAAAUAAUAUCAACAUAAACUUCCAAACUCGUAUCGUACUGUUCAAGUUCUGUUCAGCUAGAGACGCAAAAAUAUGAUGUCGUAAUCGGGAAAGCUUGAAGAGUUGCCAAGAGAAAUAUGUACCAGUGUCCGAGCU